AGUGGUAGUGCCUUUUUUCAUACGAUAUAAAACGUUUUAUUCGACAGACACAAGCUCAGUUAGGAAAAUGAGAGCACACGGAAGCGACAUUUACCGGUUUGUAGCUGUACCGUGAAGUUGGACUACCUAAUGGAAGAUUCAGAGCUGAUUCGAUCUCAAUGUUCUCUAGAGCAAAGUCAAGGCAAAACUUAUGACACUGAGUUCAUGCAAAUGUAUGAAGACACAAAUUACUGUGAACAGAGAACAAUGCUAGAAAGCCGGUUGCAAGAUACAGCAACAUUAUGUACUUGUAAACAUAAAGAAGCAUGGUGCGAACGUUUGGCGACGUUAGGUACACGUUUUGUAUCACCCCAGUUUCGUUCAGUUGGACCAAGCCCAUUUACCAGACUUAACACUGCCGUCGACAACAUUUUCAUGCAGAUAAUAAAACUAUUUCGAAGUUAUUUAUGGACCAACAAGUGUCGGGGGUCUGGAGUUGCUCUAACAUUUCUUGCCAUGCUGCUUGCCAGCGACAUGUUGGUACCAACAUCGGCAGUUCGUUACGCCGACAACGGACCGUCCUUGUCCGGCCGACGAAAGCCACCGAUCUCGGGCUUGAGCGGCAGACAAGGGACUGGGAUGUGCGAACCUAUCCAAGUACCGAUGUGCAUUGAUAUUGGUUACAAUUUUACCGAUAUGUCCGUGUCGCCCAGCUACAUAUACGACCAAAAAGAAGCUGCCCAGUCGGUGAUCCAAUUCGGCCCUUUGACUAAGACGAAAUGUGCUGAAGAAAUGAAACUGCUUGUGUGUUCUGUUUACACCCCGAUCUGUAUACCUGGAUACCCCGGCUUUUUACCACCUUGCAGGUUUAUCUGUGAGGCUGCAAAGGCGGGGUGCGAACCUAUUUUGAAAAAAUACGAUAGAACAUGGCCGAAUCUUUUCGAUUGCAAACAAUUUCCGGAUUCCCAAGGCAAAAACCCACCAUGUUUACAUUUUAAUCGAUCAGCUACAGAAGAGCCCGCAGUCCCGAGAACCAUCACGAAGAAAGGGGAAAGCAAGACGACCCCGGGAGGGCCGGUUGCAAGCGUUACACACCACCCAUAUAAACCUAUCAACGGAUGCCCUUGCGCUUGUGCACGGCGCAUGGUGAAGAUUACGAACAAGAAAGACCCGCUUUAUGGAAAGGUUACCACGGGUGGUGUACCGAACUGUGCGAUGCCCUGCAAGUCGCCCUACUUCAGCGAGGAGAAGCGAAAAUUCGCUGAAUCCUGGAUCACCGUUUGGUCAGUCGUGUGCUUUGCUAUCACCAUGCUUACAGUGGGAACAUAUCUGAUAGAUACGCAGAGGUUCGCCUACCCAGAACGACCCAUCAUAUUCCUCUCCGCCUGCUACAUGUUCGUCAGUAUUGGUUUCAUCAUACGAGUUGUGGCGGGCCAUGAAGCAGUUGCUUGUGCUUGGCAUUCGGAUCGAGUUUUAUACCAAACCACUGGACCAUUCCUGUGCAGUAUUGUCUUUCUUCUACUGUAUUUUUUCGGAAUGGCGGGCGCUUUAUGGUGGGUCAUUCUGUCACUGACUUGGUUCCUCGCGGCUGGUUUGAAAUGGGGAAGCGAAGCCAUCGCCAGCUAUUCGCAAUACUUCCACGCUGCAGCUUGGCUUAUCCCAGCGUUAAAAAGCAUCACUGUACUAGCAAUGUCGUCCGUGGACGGCGACGUGUUAUCUGGGAUUUGCUUCGUCGGAAACCAAAGCACGAAAACUUUGCGGGGCUUCGUGCUCGCGCCGCUUGUGGUGUAUCUCGCACUGGGCGGUUUGUUCCUGUUUCUCGGCUUCGUAAAUCUCUUCAGGAUACGGACUUCUAUUAAAAAGGUCGGCAAGAAAACUGACACACUCGAAAAAUUAAUGGGCCGGAUAGGUCUAUUUUCCUUACUGUACAUGGUACCAUCCGCUGCACUAGUGGCGUGCUACUUCUACGAGCAGCAAAACCGAGAACUGUGGGCAAAAGCAUACAACUGUCGAUCCUUCCACGGCCGUGAUAGAUGCAGUCACGGUAACGCCAACGGGCCCGAGUUCGCUGUGUUUAUUGUCAAGUAUUCGAUGACUCUGUUGAUUGGGAUUACGAACGGGGUCUGGAUUCUGUCGGGUAAAACCAUCACUUCUUGGCGAAAGUUCUACCGACGCUGCUAUGGCUGUCUAUGUGGCAAAUACGGGUUGAAAGCAAAGCAAGAGGGUGAGCCAUUGGCAGCCGACGACAUGUCCAAAGCUUCGGAUAAUUCCAGUGGAAAGAGAACGAAGAGUGACAAGGCUUCGGACAAGACAAGUCCCGAGGAAAUCCCGCUCACCAACUCCGUAGCGACAUCUAGCUUCACUGGAAAUCCACAUAGCGUGGGCGGUAGCGACAGCAAAGAGUCGCGGAGCUCAAGCGCAAGGAAGAAGUCAAAAACGCAGUCGAACGGUGUCCAGCAUAACCGUAAUGAUAUGUAUUACGAAUGCAAUGAGGUUGAUAGGAACGACGUAAAUCAAAUACGACACGCUGCGUGUGACUGCGACAUUGCGCCUUGCCCGCUACCAUCUGAAGUGCGGGGUAACCCGGCGAAACAGCUCAGUUUUCCCGAGGGUUUCGAAACCCUGCCCGAUCCACUUAACGUUUCAACAACCGAACUCGAAGCGGCGAACCGAGUCCAACAUAUACACCACCAUCAUCACCACCACGUUACGCAGCCGCCAUGCUCGUGCGGGUGCCACGCCAGCCGAGUAACUACAAGGCGUCCGACGCCACGGCGCCACUCGCACCACGACCCUGGCGCGUGCUACGAAGCCAAUCAUAGAAAACUUGUUUUAACUCCACCUGCCUAUCGAACUUCGCCAACACUCACUCUACCACUCGCUAAGGCGGUAAUGAGAUUUUUCUGUUUUUCAGUUAACACCCAGCACUGUACUCCGUUCGUAUACGCCAGAUGAUAUAUCCUUCGUGACAACGAACCCUUUUUACUUUGUAUUUUUGUUUCAAAGUGCUAUAUAUUAGCUACUACGUCGUGCCCUGUAAUCCCCACUUGCCAACAUAUCGAUCGUGUUAAUUAUUUCCUUCUGCGAAGAGAUUUCGCUAUUUUGAUGAAAUGCGGUGACAAACACAUUAUUUAAUACCAAACUAACUCCACCACAAUCGCUACAAACCGUUUUUCGCUUUUUAAACUCAUGUACCAGAAGUGCCAAGUGUUACUUUUUCGAAAGUUGUUUAAUAUAUAAGCUACGAGAACCGAAAUACAGCUCCAAUUUGGCAACGCAACACUGCCAGAUAAUGCAA